GAACCUCCGCUCCAAUGGGGAAAACUAGCGACGCGGCAGGCCUCCAGUAAAGGAGGCAUUGCUCUGUCUCUCGCGUUGCCGUAGCGGGUGUAGUAAACAUAUGUGGUACGUUGUGCGUGUGGCAUCGCGCUGGCAAUCGCGAGAUAAAUUUUAGCUCCCGGUCUCCGUCUCCAUCCGAUAGCCUGCACCUCGUCCAACCGAUCAGCGCUCUGACAGAAAAAAAAGGUGGAACAGGCAAAGCACGUUGCAAAUUGAAGCCGUACAGUGGUGAAGGCACCUCAACUGAGCAGAAAAUCCUGACUUGCACCAUUUUCAAGGAGUAGGUUCCACCUGGAGCCGCCCUUGAUGAGCCUGGCUGGCACCAGCCGUCUGGAGGUGAGCUGUGUUCUGCACUGGUUUUCACUGUGGAACGCUGCCCAGAGGGAGGCCUUCUCUGCCACACUGCUUGCCCACUUGGCACCCCCCAGGGAAGACCCCGCUGGUGAGCUGUGUGGCCAGCUCGACGCAUUGUCCCUGUCCCGCCGCAACUCUCCGUCGGUGCUGCACUGUCAGCUGUCCCUGUGUGAGCUGUACUUUGCCUCGUGGGGACCCGAGGGCCAGCGAAACUUCCUCCAGAUUCUGGCGCAGCGUGACGGCCCCUUUGUGGCCCGCUUCCUCGGCUCUCUGGCACAGCGGGAGCCCCUGCUGGCUCAGGCACUGGCCCCGUGACCUCCUCCCCCACCCAAAUUAUCCCCAUCGUGGUCUCCCUGAACAAAGAGAGGAUCCGGGUGGGCAAAGAUGCUGAGCCAGAAGGGCCCCGCGUGCAGCGCUGCCGAGCAGUCUGCUUACCUGCUCAGCUGGUUCGGAGAGUACAGCGACCUGCAGCGUGACGACUUCCUGCACGUGCUGGCCGAUAAGUACACACUCCUGGGACCUGCCGGUGACGGCGACCUGGGGCUGUCACACCUCUCCAUGGGGAACCCCGAUGCCCCGCCCUCACUCUUCCAGUGCCGCAUGAGCCUCUUCGACCAGUGGUUCCAGGGCUGGAGCGACGAGGACAAAGCGAGCUUCCUUGACCGGCUACGGUCUCUUGAUCCGGAGUUUGUGGACAAGCUCUCCUCCGUCCCCAACGGCACAGCAGACCACAGUCCAAGUGCGCCGCUGCCAGCAGCGACGACAACAGUCUUGGUCAAUCACUGCACGAGUGUAACAGUCAACGGAGAUAGUCUCAAAGUCGAUGAGGAUGAAGAGGUGGAGGAGGAGGAGGAAGAGGAAGGUAAUCGGGAGGUAGUCUCGCCAACGGAGGAACCACAACCUAUGCCGAGGAAUGUCGUGUCACCAAGCAGCGGCUCCGUGGAGGAAGAGAGGGUUUCGCCCAUGGGAGAAAAGAUCGAAUAUGAGGAACAAGAGGAGCUGGUGCUCUGAGGUUUCACAACAAUGUGCAGAAUGUGGCGCAACGGUAACAUCAGCCCAGUAUACGACUGGUUGUACUUGUGUCAGUGGUACAGGACAUCUUCCUUGUGUAGUUUCAAGUUGUCUGGCUGACUUCCUCAGGUCAGUGACAAAGCGCUCGCAGAAUGUGUAACCUUUCCUCAUUUCACAUCGACAGCUUAGGAGGUUUUGUAUUGAAUGUGGACAGGCAGAUUCAAACUGCCAGCAGGCUGCAUAGUGGCUUCGACAUGUGAUGUGUGAGCAGCCUUCUUUACUUUCCCAUUUAGCUAAUAUUAGUGAUAAUAAUAGUAGACCUAAUUUCGCCAGUAUAUUUAAGUUUUUGGCCAGAUUUUGGUGACGUGGUGCACAGCCGUGGGAGUCGUAUAUGAAUUCUUGUGACAAUAGCUCAAGAGCUUCCGUUCACAGGAUGAGAUAAUUAAACCCAAUCAGUUUAUAGGUUGCUGAAUGUGGAUUUUGCAUGCUUGAUGACAAUAUUGUAUGUCUGUAGUGUGAGCAUUCCUCAAUCGAAGUCCCAAGGUAGAGGAACCACCGCGUUUUGUGUUUGUGAUGUCUAGAAAAUGUACCGGUUGCACUGCACUGUAGGAGUAGACUUGGGUCUAAGCAGCAUUGAGGCCACUGGGUCUCUGUGAUGCUCAUUUGUGGCUGAUAGGCCGUUUUUGAUGCAUGUGCCAAGGCCAUCCAUUUAAGAGCAUGACAUUUUUCUUAGCAUUCCACCUAACACACCUGUCAAAAAGCAAGCCUUCCAUGGGAAAGGUUGCCAUAAGCAGAUUUGGUGGCCGAUGUAUCUUUUUGGCAUGGGAUUUGUGCCCAAUGUUUUAUCACUGCUGCCAUAUAUUUUGAAUAGAAUGAAGUGGUGGCUUCUCCCUUUCUCUUUUUUCCUACUGAAUUCACGCGAGGUCUACCCCUCACUGAAGAAAUAGGUUGAGAGUUGAUUUUGUUUUUCUCUAUGCUUUGCCUUCUGGGACAAGCUUUGACUCCAAAGCCCGUGUGCAUUUUUUUCAGAGCACCAUUCCAUUUGCUUUUCCAUUCCAUUUUGGCAAGGCCUGUAUGGUUAUAUUGUACAGCCAGAAUCUUUCUUCCCCCAAUGUUUGCUUUGAAGGGCCCCUCACCAGGUUUGGCCAUUUCUGACAGACGAGUGCAAAUUACUCACUAAUGAUCGUGUCUGCAAAGUAUUACAGCACUGCAAGCGAUGAAAAUAGCGGAAAUUUCAAGCCAAACACCACGCGCCCUUCCUCUUGAGGAAACUCCGCCACCAGCCAGAGCAUCAAGGUAACAUUCACAAAGGCGCUCUUGUAAAAUACAUUGUCACGUACUUCGCCCGCCAUCACACAUGACUUGGGUAGUCAUCCUAUGCAGAAGGUGCCACGCCGCUGCUGUAAAUACAUCGUGCAGCAUGAAAGGAAGAGAAAGAAAGAAAUAUAACAAAAAAAAAGAAGGCGGGACUCGGAGGCGUGGACUUGGUCUCUUGGCUCCGUUGUGGAAGAAGGCAGGGAAGGAACAUUGUUUUCGAAGGCUGGUCUAGGGAAAGGGAAAGAGUGUCACCAUUGGCAGUGAAGCUUCCUGGUGGCAUGAUAACAAGCCAGUUGAUUUCUGCUAUUUCCUGUAAUACCAAACUGAUUUGAAAAAUUAUUUCGGUGCAACACUCCUUAGAAGGCAUUUUACAAUUUUCAGUGUGUAAACAGAAUUUGAACUAGGGCCUGGCGAGGUGCCCUUUAAUGCACACGUACAUACUUGGUAGCUCCGUGCAAUCUGUGUAGCUCAACAUUUUUCGUUAUCUUGCAGCUGUUUUACUGUUCUCCAAAUCUGUCAUUGAUCUGCACGUAUGCUGCAAUAGUAAACUACUAAAAAUAGGAACGAUGCCAUAUUUAAUAAGAGCCAAUACUUAACCUGUGCUUUGACGAGUCUAUUCGUAUAUAUUUCUGUUUAGGCAUAAAAUGAGCUCUGCAUCGUGUUCUGUGUAGCGCAUGCUCUGGGAAGUUCAAAAUUAUUUGCAGUAUGACAUGCUUAUUCAUUUUAACAUCACCAAGUUUGUCAAAACCACCUCUGAACCUUUUCCUUCCUCAGUGCAGUUAACUUUUUCUGCACAAAUGUAUAUCUUUCAACUGCUCAGGCACCUCGGGCCUCAAGGCACUCGUUAUGUGUUCAGAAUCUCGUAUCUGUCAUGCUUUAAUAAUGGCAGCAUGUCUAUGCAGACGGAGCGCAUCGUGCAUUGCCCAUGUGUCGUGAUGAGUCGUUUGUAACAAUGAGUUACUUUGUACUGGCAAAAGCCCUGCUCUUGAACGAUGGUUGAAUAUAAAGAUCACCUGUGGCUUGUAAGCACAUGUUGCAGUGAGUUUAAGCAUUUUGACAGAAAAAGGAACACCUAUUUGUUUUUGCAGAUUACCUUGUCCCUGUGGUCAGGCCUAAUAGUAUCAUGUGCAUUUGAGAGACUUGGUUUGUGCCAGUGGCCUCAGAAACGCUUGGUAGCUGGGUCAGGUGAUGUGGUGGGUGAGCAGUCAUUUUUUGGCUCUGAGCAGCCUGGCCAGCUAUCUGCAGUGACAGUGCUGCCAAAUUCUUGGUAAGGAAAGUCGCCCUCCUACACCCUUCCCAGCUCUCUCCUUUUGACGUCACUGGUUGGUGUGCAAUGGCAUCUUUCAAAUGGAAAGUGGCCUAAAGACACACAGCUUGCAAGAAAUCCCAUUUCUGUAUGUAUUGAUUGGCAUGUGUUGCAUAUGCCUUGAAAAUAACUCUCACAAAUGUUAGUUGCUUGAAACAUGUACGACAUGUGCCUUGAGCUUUUUUAACGCUGCUUGCAGCUAGCAACUUUUAUGGCCAAUUCCUCCAAUGCUGUUUUUCAGUUUUUUGCUAUUUCUCUGUUUCAAAAUGUUUUGGUGUAUUGCAUUCCAUUGAUGCUAGGAACAAUUAAGACCGCUUUUUGCUAUAUAUGUCUAUAUUUUCUUUGUGUGUGUAUUUGUGCAUUUGUAUGUCAUUUAUGUGUAGUAUGCUACAGUUGUCUUUGAUAAGAGCACGAACAAUUUUUCACAUUGCAUAAUCAUCACUGUUGCUCACUUAAAAACUCACGUGCGUGCAAGCAUUUUGCAAGGCGUGUUAUUUUUUUGUGUGUGUAUGCCGUACCUCCUGUAAGGUACAGUGUGGCCGAACAUGUCAAGGAACAUUCCAUUAGAGCUGAGCUAGCAGGUGCUGCAGUUCUUCUAUUCAACCCGUAGUAAUUGAAGCUUAUUGAGUCGGGUUUUUCUUAUACGUGUCUCAUAGUAUCUUGUCUUUGCUAGCUAUUAACGUGUUAAACGUAUUAUUAUUAACGUAUUAAACGUAUUAAACGUAUUAUCCAAAAAUCGUAUUAUCCAAAACGGACUCCAAAAGAUCUCGAAUAAUACAUACUUGGCACAGAACUUGCUUUUAUUAAAGCACUUUAAAAUAAUCCGUCACUUUGCGCUGCACUUUUUGCUUUUCGAGGUCCUGCAGCAAGCUUUUCUGGAACUCGUAAAAACGAGUAGCAGUUUUUUCGCUGAGCUCCACAGACGCGACAAAGCCACGAAGCCCGUCCAAAGCUUCGAGAGCACCGUCAGUAUUUAAUGGCCGACGAUCGCUGCUGCAAUCUCCGGCAUCUUGGUUGUCAUCGUCGUCGCACUCCUCUUCAGCGGUAACAUCUGCAAUGAUGUCUUGGACGGUGCGCAAUUCACAUGUCGCCAGUUGGUCGUCCGCCGAUACAAACUCUUCCGGAGACGCGUCGACAUUGAGGUCACCCCAGUCCGGGAUGUCAAUCUCUGCGCCGUCAUCUCCAUUUUCCUCAGUAUCGCCAGGUGCACAAAAAAAGCCACACUUCUUGAAGCAGUUGGCGAUGGUGUCAGGUUUGACGCGAUCCCAUGACAUCGCCAGAAAAUGGAUGGCAUCAAGAAGAUCCACCUUCAAGCUGGCAUCUUUCCGGUCAAUCUUGGCCAAAAAGCAUCUGAUCAACAAGCUCCUAAAGUGAAAUUUCAUGUUUCUAAUGAUUCCUGCAUCUAGGGGCUGCAAGUGGCUGGUGCAGUUGGGCGGCAGGAAAAUUACUUUUACGUUUUGCAGCCACGAAGUAUCGACAGGGUGCGCGGCACAAUUGUCGAGAACCAGAAGAAUUCUACGGUUCGCGGCACGCAUCCGGGCAUCCAGAAAUGUGAGGAACUCUGUGAAAAGGGCUCCGGUCAUCCAUGCCUUCUCAUUCGCUUUAUAAAUGACAGGAAGGCGUGGGUUACGCGAAAAGCAGCGUGGCUUCCAGUAUUUGCCAAUGACAGUAGGCUUGAGCUUCUCGGUUUCAUCAGCGUUGCAGCACAACAAUACGGUGACUCUUUCUUUGCUUUUUUUUCCGCCUUGACACGUCUCACCUUUUAUGCUGAGACUUUUCUCGGGCUGAAGAUUGAUGAACAACCCAGCUUCAUCUGCGUUGAACACAUCCAUUGGCUGGUACUGAGCAAUCACCGCCGGCAGAGUCGAAAGCCAGUUGGAGACCUGAUCUUGGUCGGCAGACUUCCCUUCGCCGGAAACGGUUUUAUACGACAGGCCAUGCCGUGUUUUAAAACGAUGGAGCCACCCGCCCGAAGCUUUAAAAUCUUCGAUGACCAACGAGAGUGCUAUCUCAUCAGCUCUCUCGCGAACAACUGUCCCGUCCACAUUCACGCCCGCCGCCCUUACCUCCCUGAACCAUGCCAGAAGAACCUCUUCCAUCUUGCCAUGCUGGGCGCCCCUUGUUUGCUUCACGCCGGCGCCGAAGACUUGAAUGUUCUUCUGAAUUUCUUCUCGCUUGCCGACGAUCGUGUUCAGCGUGGAGACGGGCAAACAAAGUUCGCGUGCCAGGUCGACACGUUUCUUCUGCGGAUUUUCGUCGACUUUUGCUAGGACGUCGAGUUUUUCUUUCAGCGAUAACGCUUUACGCUUUCUAGACAUGGUGAAGCGCACGGGUGAAACGCGGCACCAAAACAGAAGAAACGAUAAGGGCGAAGUGCAAGCUGAACGCUCGAAACACCAAAAUGGCAACGAGAAAUGGCAAGCACAAAGCCAACAAAGCCUACAGCAUCAUCAAUGCAUGCGCCAAUCACUGCUGCUUGGUCACGUGAUUUUACCGUGAGUACUAUGUCUUAGGUUAGAUGGCCCUAAAAACCUUCGGUGCGUUUGGUGUGCGAGCUUGCGAAAAUUGCUCCCAGAGGCCGCCACACUGCUGCAGGCGCUGUGCAGAAGCACGGCCGGACUCUAGCCGAGCCGAGCCAGGCCAAGCCUCGAGCAUACAAAGCGCGCGUCGCCGCGUCUUUAGUCCGCCGUGCCUGUCGUUUCGCUCGAUGUUAAUUUCAGUAGCUCUGCCCACCCGCUUCAAAGGACUGGCUCUGAUGUUAUCAUCAUACAGAAGACGUUUCCGGGAUCGUAUUAUCCAAACCGACGUGGAAAUACGAUCAUAUUAGCCGUACAAAAAUGCAUUUACCUCUAUAGGGCAUCGGCCGGGAAUGAAAAAAAAACGUAUUAUGCCGAAAAACGUAUUUAGCCGAAUCGUAUCAACGAGAUUUCACUGUAUACAUAAGGGCAGCAUGACUCUGUAGCGGUGACUGACUGUCUGUUCCUUGUCAAAUCAGUCCACACUGUACUGGCUGUCUUUUAUUAUACACUAUAAAUGAAGUUCACGCUGAAGUUCUAGGCUUGUAAGAGAAGUGGACAACAGUUUAUUUCGUCUUCACUUUGAAAGUUUUCACAGCGCAGCUGUUUAUGCACUAGGGUUAUUGGGCAGGUACCAUUUUACACAUUUGUACUCUUCGAGCAACUUUUCUUCUUUUUUUUUAAGAACCGAUGUCAAUCCUUUCUCUUCUUGGCACCAUGGUUCUGUUGACCCAUUGUCAUCUCUUUUUAUACUGUCAAGCAGGUAGCGAAUGUGCAUAGCAGGAUAACAGGUGAGGAUCAUGAACUGGAAGUAACGAGCUAUUUAUGCAGCAGACUUGUGCCUAGAAACAGAACUGCUGUAAAGUGACAAUAAAAGCAGCAAUCAUAGUGAAUGGUCAUUGAAACCAGA